AUGGAGCACCCCUUCUGCGUGGAAGCAUUGUUCGUUCUCUCGGACAUCUGCCGGCAGUCGGGGCAGCACCAGGAUGCGUUUGAGCUCCUGAGACGUGCGGCCUACGCGGUCGACUGUGGCUUCCACGGCUCCUUCUCACCGUUCGCGGAGACGCCGCUUCAGGUCCGGCGUGGCGACCUGGAUUGCUCCGUCCAAUGGCCGCGGGUGCGAGUAAAGCUGGAGGAUGCGGCAGAAUGGCCUGGUUGGCCUUGGCUUACAGUUCUGUGGGCCUACAUGCUGAGCCUGGCGACGCAAGGCCUCCCUCGAACUGCCCUGGAAGUCUGCAAAUUGGUCUUGGCCAUGACGCUACCACGGGAUCCUCUGCAUGCGCUGGUACACCUCGAUUUUCUGUGUCUGCGAGCACAAGAGAACGCUAUGCUGAUUGAAAUCGCAGAGGGCUUUGACCUCCCCUGCUCCUUCCCCUCCCAGACGGUACUCCGCCUGGACUGCGCGAUGCCCAAUUUUGCGUAUGCAGCUGCACUGGCGCUGCACCACUUGAAGUGCGGGGGCCGGGCUGCGCAGAAUGCUGAUGAGGCCGCUGCCAUCGGCACCGUGUCCGUGGAGGAUUUGACGCUAAGAUGCUGGAAACGAGAUGAGCCGAAGGAGGAGGGCGCCUCGAGAUCGCACGUGGCGCUGAUGCACGCUAUGCUGCUUUUUCCCAGGUUGCUGCGCCCGAUUCUGCAAGCCUUGAGUGUCUCGCUUGCAACGUCUCCAGCAGGCUCACCCUACAGCGCGCCCUGGCAGCAGCUCCUGGAGAAGAGCCCCUUUGCUCCUCAGACGCAUGUCCUCCACAAGCAGUAUUCCAGGAUGCACGGCCUGGUCUCCGAAGCCUUCGUCCACCGCUGCGCCGCUCUCUUCCGAGGCGACGGAACACUUCGCUGGAUGCACGCUUGCGCCGGGCGCCUGACGCAGAUGUGCGAGUCCUCUCUGUUCGAAAAGGAGCUCAUGCAAGAGCGGAAGUCUUGGAGCGAAGCAGAGCUUGGAGUUGGAGAAGCUCUCAGUAAGGAUUUCCGCGAGUUCAACACCUUGGAAGUCGAAGCAGAGCGAAAACCUCCAGUUAUACUGGAGCGUACCUUCAACAGCUGGGUGGGCACGCCUGCAGCCCUCCCUGCUGAGGAGGAGUCUGAGGAGUCUCUGGUUCCUAGAUUCUUUCAAUGCUUUGUAGUUGCAAUCCCUGAAGAUACCAUUACAGUUUCUAUUGUUGUGUACAGGUUUCUUCCCAUAGUCUGA